AUGGUGCCAUCUAUCGAAGAAGAAGACAAGGGUAUUCAUAAAGAAACACCUUCUAAGGUGCCAAAUCAGGUGAUUCAAGACCAUGUUCAAUUGCUAUUAAGAUUAGUACAAGACAUCUCAAGAUUUACAUCUGAAACAGGUGCAAAUACAAUACCAGUCAUGACACCAAGUCACAGCCAAGUCAAGAUAUCCGUAAUACCUACCUCUUCAGUGCCACUCCAAGCAAGAUCAUUAGAUCUGUACAUCAAGGUGCUACCCAACGAAUAUGGACGUCAACCUGUUGAUUCUCAGUUAGCCAUGAAGUUCACCAAAGCAUGGGAUAAGACAAAGAAUUAUUCAGGAGAGCUUUACAAUAUCCUAGAUGACAAAGUUCGAAUCUUCUUACAACUAUGCUGGUUGACAGAAAUCCAGUUGAGUCAAUGCUGGGCCGUCUUUCCCGAGAUGCUUUCUGGCAGAGCAGAAACUUAUUAUAUGCACCACGUCAAUCCUGAUGCAUCAUUUGCACAGAUGUAUUGGGCAAUAAAGAGCUACUUUGACACAGAGUCAAAUCACACUCUCUACUACCAGGAUUGGACGUCGAUCACCCUGGUCGACGUGCGUUGUGAGAACACAGGGAAGACACUGCCAGAAGCAGUAGAAAUCUUAGUAGAAAAACUGCAUCUAUGCCAACAUGCGUUAAGACCGCAUUAUAUGUCCCCUAAACAUCUUAUAUCAGCCAUCAUAAGGGCAUGUCAAGGAUCGCUAGAAAUAAGCGAGGUCCUCAGUGAACCAACAACAAAGUUUGAAACACUGGUAUCACGACUGUGUACAAGGGCUGCUAUUAUACAAAAGAAGGAAGCAGCUAAUUGUCAAUCUUACAACCACUCAGAGAAGGAACAAAGUGAGGCGAGGGAGCAAUUUGACAGGUAUCGCUAUGCUGAGGGCAAAGCCAAUGCCUUGGACAAGACAUAUCGCGUGUUUCUAAUGGACUUCGAAGCUGGUUAUAAUAUCAUAUUGGACAGCGAGGACGAGGAAGAAGCCAACAAUAAUGACAAGGAUAAAGCAAUAGCAUACUUUAUAGUUGGACAACUGCAAGAUUAG